CCUUUUGAUCCAUAUGAAGACUCAUUUGAAGACAGUGAUCCUCCCACUAAUCCUUCAGCCACAACUCCUAGGCCCCAUAUUCAUCCUAUGGAUAUUCAGAUGGCAAUUCUUCACUGUGCAGAUGAUUUUGCCAGACAAUAUAUUUUGACCAAACUUUCCAUUUGUCAGUUUGCUCUCCCCCUUCUCAUACCUAAUCCUUGCAAUUCUGAAAUUGAGUUCUCUCUCUGGUCUCUCAGUCAAAUUAGAAGAAGCUGGCAGGAAGUAAGGAAAUCACCGAAAGAAGAGAAGAACAAUUAUAAGAAUAAGCAGAUGUGCCAUGUCUCUGCCCCCAUUGUUUCCUUUAUUAGAGUUGGAAAUGGUUUCUCUGCUUCCAAAUCUCAGAUUAUGAACUGUCUUCUCAGUAAACGUAAAUAUGAUGUCUUUUUUCACAGACACUGCAGAGGGAGCAGCAAAGACUGUCUCUUGAUGGGGGGUGUGGUGGAAGUCUGCUGGUUCUGUCCUGGGGGGGAAGAUGAGGACAGAUUUGACAAAUGCUUGACCUUCACUAACCUUCAUGGAAAUGCAAAGGAAUAUGAGAAGCAACUCUCCUUCCUGAAAGAGGUGUCUUCUCUCAUUGUGGUCCUCAUGUCCACUUCUGAUGAUAAUAAAGAAAACCGAAAAAUUGUCCGUGACCUGAGUCAGUCACCAAGACCUUUGAUCUGUUUGCUUGACAACAAAGAAAAAACCAUGGCCAAUAACUCUAAUCAGAAAGUGAUGAUUGGAAUCAGGAACAGAAAUGAGGCAGAAUUAACAGAGGAGCUCACAACUACCAUCACACGUUUGCUAAAGCUCUCAGACACUGUUCUCAGCCUAGAGGACUGUACCCAGAUUGCUCACAAGCAAGGAUUCCUUAUUGAUGAAGACCAAGGAGAUUGCAAAGAAGCCAAAGAAAAGGCAGAGACUGUAAUGGCCCUACUGAAACAUAAGAAGAUAUCUCAGGUGAAAGAAAACUUACUACCCCUUCAAGGACAACUGUGGCACCUUUGGUGUAAAAAGGACAAAGAACUCUAUCACUUGAGAGAAAAGGGGAAUCGGAGCAUUGAACAACACAAGAGUGAGAUUGAGGCAGAAAAACAAAGAAUACGAUGCCAACAGUUGACCAGAGCCUUUCCUCUCAAUGAGUUAAUGCAAUCUGUCCUCCUAAUUCUCCGGAAACAUUCAGAAACUCAAACCUCACUCUACUUUUUGCAAUGGCUGAGUGCGUUUUUGGACAACCUGACUGCAGGACACUUAGAAAAACUGAAUGAAAAGAAAAAGUCUUUGUGGUCAGAGAUACAAACAAAAAAGCAAACGGCACCAAAUAGCGACAAACUGAAGGUUUGGCAAGAUAAGAUAGAAGCUCUCUCCAUAGAGAUUAGUGAUUGUACCUUGGGAAUUGAGCAAUUUCUCAGAGAAGCUGGCCAGAUCUAUGAAGCUCUAGAAGAAACUAAUUCUAUAAAAGAUAUCCUUUUGACCUCUCUUCCCCAGAUUGCUGCAGAUCUGAUGAUAUCUGGUGUUCCCAUUGAGCUGAUGGAUGGGGAUGCUUCAUAUGUGCCUCUCAAGUGGGUGGCAGCUCUUUUUGACAAGGUCUCUGAGAAACUUGGAAAUAAACGCCUGUUUGUUCUUUCUAUCCUUGGCCUGCAAAGCUCAGGGAAGUCCACCCUGCUGAAUGCACUAUUUGGGCUACAGCUCACUGUUAGUGCUGGGAGGUGUACCCAGGGGGCCUACAUGCAGCUCCUGAAGGUGGAGGAAACAUUCACAGACGAACUUGGCUUUGACUUUGUGCUCGUUGUGGACACAGAAGGACUUCGGGCCCCAGAACUUCGCAACAAAUCCAACAAUCAUGACAAUGAGUUGGCAACCUUUGUGAUUGGACUUGGAAAUUUAACUCUGAUAAAUAUUUUUGGGGAAAAUCCAUCAGAAAUGCAAGAUAUUCUACAAAUAGUUGUCCAAGCCUUCAUGAGGAUGAAACAAGUAAAACUCUCCCCAAGUUGCUUCUUUGUCCAUCAGAAUGUGGGGGAAGUUACAGCUAAAGACCAAACUAUAGAAGGACGGAGGCGGUUGGAGCAGAGACUAGAUGAAAUGGCAGCAAUAGCAGCUGAGCAAGAACAGUGCUCAGAUAUAACCCACUUUAGUGAUGUCAUUAAGUUUGAUAUUGAUACUAAUGUCUACUACUUUGCUCACCUCUGGGAUGGCAAUCCCCCAAUGGCCCCUCCCAAUCCUCGCUACAGCCACAAUGUCCAGGAACUGAGAAGUAGAAUUCUUAUGACUGCCAAACAGGAAUCUAGGGGAAGCAUCAUGAGGAUAUCAGAUGUAAAAUUCCGAGUUCAAGAUUUGUGGAGAGCCCUGGUGAAUGAGAACUUUAUUUUCAGUUUCAGAAACACCCGAGAGGUCAUGGCCAUGAGCAAAUUGGAAACCAUAUAUAAUCACUGGACCUGGGAGCUGAGAAGUCAUGUGUUAGGUUUGCAGGACCAGCUGAUCAACCAUAUUCAGAAUGGUAAAAUCCAGACACUCACAACAAGCACACUUGAGGCUCCAGUUACAGAAAAAUAUGAAGCCAUCAAACAAGAACUUGAAAAAUAUUUUAAUGAAGAUCAAGAUAGUGAAAUACUGAUUCAGUGGAAAGCAAGUUUUGAAAACAAGCUAUUAAUCCUUAAAGAGGCACUUAUUUUAGACAGCCAAAGAAAAGUCAAGGAACUUAUUAGUUUUAAAAAGAGUCAAGAAACACUAAAUAAUAAAAAGUCAGUUUAUGAAAAAGAAUUAUUAGAAAAAAGCAGAAGAUUGGCUUUAACCAUAAAGGGCAAGGAAUUAAGUGAGACAGAGUUACAUGAGAAAUUCAAUGAACUUUGGGAAAAAUGGGUCUAUGCUGUAUCCUCAGCUCUCCCUCCAGCCACAGAGCCUGACAUUAAUGUAGAUUCUGAAAGCAUCCUUUUGGACUAUUUUAAAAAGGAGACAAACAUAGUGACCAGACUGAGGAAAAAUUCUGGAAAAAUGUUUCUACACGAUUUUGAUGAACAUGUCAAAAUAAGCAAGAAAUAUCACAUAUUUCCAAGGCAAUUAGAGGUCUCUGAUCAAGAAUCCAUAAAAAAGACCACUAAGCACAUU